CAUAAUAAUAAGAAGACGAAGAAGUAUGAUGACUACCUCGAAAAAGACAUAUCUGUGCAGAUUCUGUCAUCCAGGUCAUAGUAUUUAGUUUCGGUUGCCGCUCGUAAGAGACAGUAUCAAAUAUUGCCAGUAGAGUGGCAAGCAUCUGGAGAAUAUCGUUGUAAAGGAAAACACUUUGGACCGUUUGUAGCCUAAACCAGCGCACCCAUGAACGAGGGACCACUUGAGAGCCCGGUCUCCUACAGGGAGCCUGUGAAGGAAGAUAUGGGACAAAGCACAGAGAAGAAGAGCAGUGAAGCAGAAAACAUUUCUGAGGCAGAACCAGCACAGGAGCCUUUGGCACGCUCGGACAGUCUUGAUGCAAAGGAAACCCGAGAAGAGACAGUGGAGGCCAAGGCCACUGCCAGUGAGGCCCCUGUUGACUGGUUUGAGCCCCUUGAAGAUGAUGAUGAUGAAGAUGAUGAUGAUGAUGCCAAUAGCUGUGGUAGAAAUGAUGCUGAAGAAGAAAGCCUGGCGGGAGAAAGUGAAAGGAGUGAGAGCGUGGCAGGCAGCGAGAACGCCUUCAAAAAGAUAUACACGCUAAAUAUUCCCCGCCGUAAGCGAUCGCAUCCUGACGAGGGAUGGGAAGACUGUUCAGCACUUGGAGAGGGUUGGAAACGAAAAGAAGUUGUUCGGCGCUCAGGUAGCAGCAUUGGCCAGAAGGAUGUAUAUUACCUAAGUCCACAGGGUGAUCGAGUGAGGAGCAGGGUUGAACUGGCCUCUGUACUUGAGGGACAUGACUUGUCAACCUUUGAGUACAAGACAGGAAAGUUCCAUGAUGGUGAAAUACCACCCACAAGAUUUCGAAACAGAGCUAAGAAAAAGAUCCGUGAGAGUUCUUCAUCAGAGUCCAGUUUUGUGGAGAGAGGAGAGGGCGCUGACACCCCUGACUCCCACCACAGGCUCACCCCUGGUGUGGGGCUCAAAAAUGUCCUGCCCAACCCAACAAGCGUCUCUUCACACAGUACAGUGGGAACUCCAAGCCAAGUCUCACACAAUGAGGAUCCACCUGUGGAGGAAAAAAUUAAACUCCCCCUUCCCUCUUCAUCCAAACUCUUUCCACUUCCUUCUAUAAACGGAGAGAUUGGGUCAGAGGACAGCACUUUGGUCUGUGCUAGAUGUAGCAUCUCCUUCACAGGCACCUCGUAUGACAAACAAAGGAAGAGGCCCUGCUGUCCCACCUGUUGGGCUGCUUCAAAGACGAAAGAGCAUCCAAUGAUUCGCUUCAGAAAGUGGAUUCCAUGUGGGCAGUGUGUGGGAUGCCACAACACGACAAAUUGUGGGCAGUGUGCCAACUGCAAGCAUGGACUACAAAGCCCCGAGUCCCGGAAACGCAUUUGCCGGAAACGCAGAUGUAUAUGUCCAAUUCGCAAGAGCCCUGGAACCGGAGGCUUCCUGCAGCAGAGGCCUUAUGACAUUUCAGAAAUUUUGGAUGACACUUGCAUGAGCUUUCAGAGUGAAGUAACAGACUUUCAGCACCCAAGUCUCAAAAGCAGUGACACAGAGAAUUUCUCAGUCAAUGUGGAUGUUGAUGAAGAGGAUGACAUGUCAACUGACGAUGAUGAUGAUUGGCAUAAGAAGCGGAAGCGGCGGUCCUGUGGAGAAUGUAAAGCCUGCCUCUGCAGGAAAGACUGUGGCACGUGUGACUUCUGUAUAGACAAACCCAAGUUUGGAGGCAGCAACAAGAAGAGGCAGAAGUGUCGUCUACGGCAGUGUCAGAGACAGGCAAUGAGACACUUGCUGCCGUUCCAGAUGGGACAAGGUGAAUACGGGCCCGAUGGCCCGGUGCUGCCGGGUAGGCCUAGGCCUCACUACACAUAUAGUCGCAAGUCAAAUUUAAAGAAAAACAAAGGACCACAUAUUAGCUUGGACUUCACUGACAAUGAGGAUGAUGACUGUAACUUACAAGCAAUGAAUUGGAGCACUGAGCCAGCCAGUGGUAGUAAACACUCUUAUGAAAUGAACAUGAGAUUUCACCAGUUAUCUAUGCAGCUGAAUCAUCCAGAAUUUGCACAGCAGAAUGGACUGCCUGACGGACUGCCUCACAUCAGCAACCAUAACAACUCUCAGCUAUUCCAGGACCAGCUCAGCAGAUGGGAUGCAGAGAGGUCACAUGUGAGCAGAGAUGAUCAAAAGCAUGUUGUAGAAGAGGAAGAAGAGGAGCUGCCCAUGAUCACACAGAUCUUCAGUUUGGCUAAUAACCCGGCUGCAAGUGGUGUUGACAUGGAGAACCAGCUAAUGAAACUGCUACGCUCUUUGCGCUCCUCAGUGCUGCCAAUCCUAUGGUAUGCCAUAAUGGUGGAAGGCCCACAGCUGCAGCUCAUCCAAUGUUCUAAACAGUCCAGCAUGACCGACACCACGGUGCUGAUUGACCCAGGCUUCUGCUAUCAGGUCAUUGUCCAAAAGCAGCCUCUGCUCCCCACCCAUCCAUUGUACGACAGCUACCCAUCACGAUUAACCUCGGUGACUGAGGUGGUCAAUCUGCUUCUAGGCCUGGAGAACUAUGCUGUGUGCCAGGGGCUGCCCCCCAAAGAGCCAUUAUCUAGCAAAGAUCCGAUCAUACUGGAGCGGGCAUCAACAUGUGAUUUUUUGGUUAAAAAGAAUGUGAGCAUUUGUAGUAACUGCAAAGCGCUGCAAAGACUUUAAUUUCAGUACAGACCGAAUGUAGUGUGUGGCCACAUUGGAGACCACCAGUUCUCUGGUGCAACUUUGUGCCAUUUUGGUAGUGAAUAUAUACACACACACACACACACACACACACACACACACACACACACACACGACACACCACAGC